AUAUAAUUUCAUCACAAACCAACAACAAACAAACACACCACAAAGCAAAAGAAGCAUACAAAAGAAAAAAAGGUUAACUUCUCACGCAAGCAAGCAUGGCACUGAUGAAGAAGAGUCUCUUUGCUCUUCUCCUCUCAUCACCAAUUCUGAUCAUCUGUCUUAUCGCAUUGCUGGCUGGUCCAGUUUCAGUCGGAGCUCGCCGGUUAGUGGAGGAGGUCCCUAAACCGGAGCUGCCAAAGUUUCCUGAACUUCCUCACCCGGAGCUACCGAAGUUUGAAGUUCCCAAGUUACCGGAGCUCCCUAAACCAGAGAUGCCCAAGUUACCUGACCUUCCAAAGCCUGAGCUGCCCAAGAUUCCUGAAAUGCCGAAGCCUGAGUUGCCAAAAGUACCAGAGAUUCCCAAGCCUGAGUUGCCUAAGUUCCCGGAGAUUCCAAAACCAGAAUUGCCAAAGAUACCGGAGGUUUCUAAGCCUGAGAUGCCUAAGUUGAUGGAGACUCCGAAGCCUGAGGCUCCUAAGGUACCAGAGGUUGCAAAGCCUGAGCUACCAAAAAUGCCAGAGAUUCCUAAGCCUGAGCUACCAAAGGUGCCAGAGGUUGCAAAGCCUGAGCUACCAAAGGUGCCGGAGAUUCCAAAGCCUGAGUUACCAAAGGUGCUAGAGGUUCCUAAGCCAGAGCUACCAAAGAUUCCAGAGGUUCAAAAGCCUGAAGCUCCUAAGUUGCCAGAGAUUCAGAAGCCGGAGCUACCAAAGAUGCCAGAGAUUCCAAAGCCUGAGUUGCCAAAGAUGCCAGAAAUUAAAAAGCCGGAGCUGCCAAAGAUACCUGAGGUUCCAAAGCCUGAAGUUCCUAAGUUGCCAGAGAUUGUGAAACCAGAACUGCCAACCGUUCCAGAAGUUCCAAAAGUUCCAGAGAUUCCAAAACCAGAACUACCAAAGAUGCCUGAAGUUCCCAAGUUGCCAGAACUCCCAAAGGUUCCUGGAACUCACUAAGCCUAUUAGAACCAGGCCCACCCUAUGAUCUUAAACUACUAUAUCACACUUGUCUUGUCUUGUUUUGUCCAUUUACAGAGAUAUACACUUGUGUCUGUCUAUCUCAUCAUCGUUUCCUUAGUAGCCAUACUUCUCUUUCUUUUUUGAUACAUGUUUUCCUGUAUUCUGUUAUAUUUGUAUGUUUCAUACAUACAAAUUUCUUUGUAUUUGAUAUACUUUUAAUUAAUGGAUUGUGUUGUUUAUUGAUGAUAUA